UUUGAGUUUGAGACCAUGCGGCGCUUCAUGAUCGACAUCAUUCACAAUCUGGACGUAGGGUUUAAUGCCACACGGGUGGGCGUGAUCCAGUAUUCCAGUCAGGUCCAAAAUGUCUUCUCCCUCAAGUCCUUUUUCACCCGGGCUGAAAUGGAGAAGGCCAUCAACAGCAUUGUCCCCCUGGCGCAAGGCACGAUGACCGGGCUGGCCAUCCAGUACACCAUGAACGUGGCCUUCACCACGCAGGAGGGGGCGCGGCCACUGCACAAGAAGGUCCCGCGCGUGGCUGUGAUCGUCACGGAUGGACGUCCCCAGGAUCGUGUGACCGAUGUGGCAGCUCAGGCACGGGCAGCUGGCAUUGAAAUCUAUGCCGUGGGUGUGCAGCGGGCAGACAUGAGCUCCUUGCGGGCCAUGGCAUCACCCCCACUGGAGGAGCAUGUGUUCUUGGUAGAGUCCUUUGACCUCAUCCAACAGUUUGGCAAACAGUUUCAGGACAAAUUGUGUGUGAUCAAUUUCUGUAACUUUGGCAACCACAGUUGCCAGCAUGAAUGCGUUAACAUCCUGAAUGGAUUCUAUUGCCGCUGUCGUGAUGGCUACACACUGCAGGCUGAUGGCAAGGCAUGUCAAGCCAGUGAUCUCUGCAAUAGCAUUGAGCAUGGAUGCGAAUUUAAGUGUGUCAGCACUGCUGGCUCUUACCACUGUGUCUGCCCUGAGGGUCAGCAGCUUCAGGCAGAUAAGAAGACAUGUAACAAAUGCAAAGCUGGGCACAUUGACUUGGUGAUGGUGAUUGAUGGCUCCAAGAGUGUCCGGCCUCAGAACUUUGAGCUGGUGAAGCAGUUUGUGAAUCAGAUUGUGGACUUCCUGGAUGUGUCUCCACAUGGUACCCGUGUGGGGCUGGUCCAGUACUCCAGCCGUGUGCGCACAGAGUUCCCCCUCAACAAAUUCACGACAGCUGCUGAUGUCAAGAAAGCCGUGCAGAGGGUGCAGUACAUGGAGAAGGGCACCAUGACUGGACUAGCCCUCAAGCACAUGUUGGAGCACAGCUUCUCUGAGACAGAAGGUGCCCGACCUCUCUCACAAAAUGUACCUAGGAUUGGCCUGGUCUUCACUGAUGGGCGCUCUCAGGAUGACAUCUCCGAGUGGGCUAGAAGAGCAAAGGAGUCAGGGAUUACCAUGUUUGCGGUUGGCGUUGGUAAAGCUGUUGAGGAGGAACUCAGGGAAAUUGCCUCUGAGCCGGUGGAACAGCACUUCUCAUACUCAGCAGAUUUUAACACGAUGACUCAUAUUGUUGACAAUCUCAAACUCAACAUCUGUCCUGAAGAGGGCAAAGGUGAAACUGAAUUCCGUAGCCCAUGUGAAUGUGAGGCCCUUGUACAGUUCCAGUCAACCACAGUGGGUAUAUUGGAUUCCUUAACGCAAGCACUUGCCCAGAUGACUGCCCGACUUGACCAGCUGGAAAACCAGAUUGCUGGCAAAAAAUGAUCACAGGAGACAACCACCCUAUAUCUGGGGCUCAUCACUGUCAUUCCUAGACCUGUUGUAAAUGGUCAUUUGUUCUUAUAUCACAGGAUUUCAAGGGGAAGUGAAACCACCCCACUUCUUUCCUGGGGUUUAAAAAAUAAAGCAGAAACUCAUGUUGGAAUAAAUUUCCCCCCUUACCUGAGAUGGAUAUUUGAGUUAAGUUGUGACAAAUCUGGUUCAGCCCCACCAGAUGGACACUCCAGAGCAUGAACACGAAGUAAGAAAUAACAUCUUCAAGAGUUUUGGAGGUUGCUCAAAACUUGUGGAUUCUUUCAUGAGGCUUCAUGGCAAACACAAGAGCCUCUGAGAGCAAAAGUCCUGGUUAACAGACAAAGCCUCUCCCUUGCUAAAUUGUAUUUUUAGACUCAGCUGUUGGAAGGAGAGACAGCAGCAACUUCUAACAUCCUCAAACAGAAGACUCUGUUUCUGUCUUUGUUACCUUUCACUGUGAAUGCUAGUGCCUGCAGCUUCUUUGUCUAAAGCUUUCUGCUUCAGUCUCACACAAAUACCUGCUUUUUAAAAGGAAAAAUAAGUUUAAAAAUAAGUUUAAAAUUUUAACUAGAAUAAAGUGCUCCUCAAACUUGAGUUGAGACGUAUUUGAUUGGUAUACUCAGCCUCUAGUCCCAAUUUGACAGUAUUGAGGGAGAUUUUGGCAUUACUCUCUCCCUCCCUUCAGAAGAAAAAAAAAUCUAAAUA